UUUUUCGCGAGAUGGAACCAAAUCUAAUCUAAUCAGGCUCUAUUGUCGCGUAUUCAGUAGCUAAGUGCAAAUCAUAACUUUAUUAAAUUCAAUUUAUUUUGUCAUUUACUUGUUGAUCUACGUCGAUAUAUUACAUAAAACCCGGGUACACUGAGACUGCGCAUAGAUUCCCCACCUUAGGUGGCCAUACUAGGAAAUGCGUCGUGCUUAGAUUAUGAUAUUUUAAAUCAUUCGCGAUCCAAUCGAUAUGUGAACAGAAGAAUGAUUGUGAUAAUUUUGGAACAACAUUAAGUGUGAGGUUUUAAUAUAUAAACAUGUUACAUACGAUUAGAAAUAUCUCGUUUGUUUCUAGAUAAGAGUGCUCAUUGGGCUUUCUUCCAGGAACAUUUUUUCUAUAAAGUUAGUGUGGGUCUAAGCCCUGGUUCGAAAGGUUUUAGUGUAGUCGAGGAAAACCCACGAGAUGGGUCCAUUACUAAUAUUCGCAGUUGGUAUCGUUUUCCCUGCAUUGAUCAGUGCUGGACCAUAUCCGAAUUUCCAUUCGGAAUUGGAAUUGCAGCUACUGGACCAAGAAAAAGAUUGGUGGGAGUCAAGCUCCUUGUACCAAAUAUAUCCUAGAUCGUUCAAGGAUAGUGAUGGCGAUGGUAUCGGCGAUAUUAAAGGAAUAACGCAAAGCCUUCAAUACUUGAAAGAAAUUGGGGUAACAGGCACAUGGCUCUCUCCAAUUUUCAAAUCUCCAAUGGCCGAUUUUGGAUACGAUAUUGCGGACUUUUAUGAUAUCCAACCAGAGUAUGGAACUUUGGAAGAUUUCGAUGAGUUAAUCGCGGAGGCUCGCAAACUCGGAUUAAAAAUUAUCUUGGACUUUGUGCCCAAUCAUUCGAGUGAUGAGUGUGAGUGGUUCCAGAAAUCUCUAAACAAACAGGACGGCUAUGACGAUUUCUAUGUCUGGCAUCCCGGAUUUCCAGAUCCAAACAACUCGUCGAAUAGAUUGCCACCGUCAAAUUGGGUCAGUGUUUUCCGAAAGUCAGCCUGGACAUGGCGAGAAGAGCGUCAAGAAUUUUAUCUCCACCAGUUCGCGAUUAAGCAACCCGAUCUGAACUACAGGAAUCCAGCAGUCGUUGAAAAAAUGAAGGAUGUGUUGACUUUCUGGUUUGACCGUGGUGCUGAUGGUUUCCGGAUUGAUGCCAUCCCCCAUCUUUUUGAAAAGGAAACGGACAGCAAUGGAAACUUUUUGGAUGAGCCCUGGGGAGGUUGGACCAAUGAUACGGACGAUUAUGAAUAUCUUGAUCACAUUUACACUAAGGAUCAACCGGAAACAAUUGACAUGGUAUACCAGUGGCGGAAAUUAGCUGACGACUACCAAAAGGAACAUGGCGGUGACACAAAGAUUUUAUUAACGGAGGCUUAUUCACCUAUCGAUGUUAUAAUGCAAUAUUAUGGAAAUGGAACACACGAGGGUGCCCAUAUCCCAUUUAAUUUUUUGUUCAUUGAAGAGUUAAAUGGCGAUUCAAACGCAAAUGAUUAUAAAAAUGUAAUCAACAAGUGGAUGGACAAUAUGCCGGCCGGGCGUACAGCCAAUUGGGUGCUGGGUAACCACGACAAAUCUCGAGUAGGAAGCCGAUUCGGCGAGGAGAAGAUUGACCUGCUGAACAUGCUGAUGAUGGUUAUGCCUGGGGCGACUGUCACUUACAAUGGUGAAGAAAUUGGCAUGACUGAUGUGUACAUCUCAUGGAAUGACACCGUUGAUCCACAAGCGUGUAACACGAACCCCGACAUUUAUCUUUGGUACACCCGCGAUCCAGCUCGUACUCCCUUCCAGUGGGAUGAUUCUACCAGUGCAGGUUUUUCGACUAACAAGUCAACAUGGCUGCCUGUAGCUGAAAAUUAUGCAGAAGUAAAUGUGAAGCAAGAGAGAAAAUUUAUUAAGAGCCACCUUCAUACCUACAACCGAGCAAAAGCUCUAAGAAGUACGAAAACUUUGCAAGAUGGCAAUAUGAAAGUAGAAGCCGUGCAGGAUCGUGUUUUGGUAAUAAUAAGGGAAUUGUCUGGACAGCCUACUUAUGUUUACGUUGCGAACAUCGGUUCGAAACUGGAACGUGUUGAUUUGACAACGGUGACCAACCUACCAAAUGUUUUGAAUGUUGCUGUUUCCAGCAUUCAAUCUCCGCGUCGAAUUGGUGAAAGCAUUAAAACCAAAGAACUCAUUUUAUUGCCAAAUGAAGCUCUCAUUCUUCAGACGGGUAGUUCGUCAACUUCAAUUUUAGGAUACUAUUUUUACCUAUUCAAAUAGCUUAACAAAGCGUGACUGUUUUUCGU